GUCACGAUUGCCCUCACUCUAGGAGAGGAGCUUGAGGGCGCUCUAGCCCACUCCUUAAUGAAUAGGAGAGGCAUGACAAAAGCCGCUGAGGUUGUCUUGCUCACGCCUCUCGAGUCAAAGGAAAAAAACCGGGCGUGAUGACCCAUGCAUGCAAUCCCAGCAGUCGGGAGGCUGGACCAUAGCGAGAUCCAAGCCAGCCUGGGGUAUACAGCGAAGACACCGUCUCAAAAACAAUAAGUAAAUAAGAGGAAGUCCGACAGGUAUCCAGCGUCAUCUUCAGUUCGGGAGAGGGAAGCCCAGAAAACUUAUUAGUCAAAGUGAGGGACGGGGCGGAAGUGCGGCUUCAGUUUCCCCUCUCCAACAUGUCCUCCAGGGCCGGAAGGAGGUAAGAGUCUGGCCACGCCUCUUCCGCUCUGUGAGACCAGCCAAUUAGAGCAGGCCGUUAAGCUUGCGCAACGCCUCGCCCGCCCAGCUGUAGCGGCCCCAGCACAGCGACCUCUGUAGCACCUGUUGCCAUGACUCCUCCCCCUCUGUCUCCCCCACCCGCUCGCAGGAGGCGGGGCGGGGCGGACUUUUGCUGAGCUCCGCCCCCCUGAGCCUUUGCUGGACUCGGCCUCUAGGUGCUUCACCUCCCGCUGCCAGAGCCGGGGAAGGGCGCCCUAGGGCAGAGGCGGACGCCCCAGCGCUAUAGAGAGAAAGUGACGAGCGGCCCUUCGUUGUCAGCCAGGAACGCGGACACAGCGGCGCUCCCACCUUGCUGCUGUCGAUCCCUAGGCCGCCGCGAUGGCAGCUGCCGGCGCCCGAGGCCUGCGGGCCACCUACCACCGACUCAUGGAUAAAGUGGAGUUGUUGCUGCCAAAGAAAUUGAGGCCGCUAUACAACCACCCGGCAGGCCCCAGAACAGUUUUUUUCUGGGCUCCAAUAAUGAAAUGGGGAUUGGUAUGUGCUGGACUAGCUGACAUGGCCAGACCUGCAGAGAAACUCAGCACAGCUCAGUCCACUGUGCUGAUGGCUACUGGGUUUAUUUGGUCAAGAUACUCACUUGUAAUUAUACCAAAAAAUUGGAGUUUGUUCGCUGUUAAUUUCUUUGUGGGGUCAGCAGGAGCCUCUCAGCUGUUUCGGAUUUGGAGAUAUAACCAAGAACUCAAAUCUAAAGGAAUCCAGUAAGAGAGUUCCUGGUCACCUGAACACUCUAGAUGUGGACAGAAACAUUGGAAUCUAGUGUACUUGAUUACCGAUAAGGUGAUGCUAACUAUUCGGAUAACAUUCGAAGAGAAGGAAAGCAAAAUCUAACUGUACUUAAAAGCUAGCACUUGACUUCACAAAAAAUAAAGCAAACUUUUAUUACCA